GGUGUUGCUGUUGUUGCUGGCGGGGGUCCGCCCGGACCCGAGCCAGACCGGUCUACAAGGAUUCACGACGAAGAGGAGGAGGAUAUCACCGAACGGGAGGACGAGGAGGAGGACGAGGAUCCCUGCAGCUCGCCAGAGCCUGACCUUGAAAACGAUUCCGAACCCAUGGAGAUCCAAGCGUCGGCUGUCACCGCGGCAGCCGCGAACCUCCACGCGCUGCGCCAACAUGUAUUCAAGAUGUCGGACUACUGGCAGCAGCCGCAGCGCGGACCGCCUCAACACUCGCCCGGGAUACAGCACAGUCCUAUCUCGAACUCGACGCAACAACAGCAACAGGUCCAGCAGAUGCACAGUCCGCUCGGGCAGCAGCAGCAACAGCAGCAGCAACAGCAGCAGCAACAGGCCGCGGUGUCGCAGGUGCAACAGAACGCGAACACGAGUCUCGGUCAGACCGCGAGCCCUCAACAGCAGAUACAGCAGCAGCAGCAGCAACAGCAGCAGCAGCAACACGCGCUGUCUAUGAACCAGACCAACCAGGGCCCGCAGCAUCAGUCUUCCCCAGCACCGACGACGCCGUCGCCGCAAGCGGACCAUCAAGGUGCCAUUGCCUCCAGCAUGGCCCAGAGUUUGCAUAGCCUAGCGCAGGCACAACAGACCAUGUCUCAGGCGUCAAGCCCGUCGUUGGCGGUUCAGGCCGUCCAGGCGGCACAGGCGCUCAAUCAGAAUCUGGGCCAAGCGCUCACCCAGGCGCUAACGCAAAACAUGCAACAGAACCUCGGCCAGACCCUUCAGCACAAUCUGGCGCAGAGUCUGACGCCGAACCUGUCGCCGCAGCAGCAACAACAACUGCUCAAUCAGCCGCAAAACCUGAGUCAGGCGAGCCAGAGUCUGCAGCAGAACAUCCAGAGUCAGGCGCAGAACCUGUCGCAGACGCUGCAGCAACAGGCGCAGAAUCUCACGCAGAACCUUGGCCAGGCGCUUAACCAGCAAGCGCUGCAGCAACAAGCGCAGAAUUUGCAGCAACAGGCGCAGAACCUCACCCAGAACCUACAGCAGCAGGCGCUCAACAUGGCGGGCACGAUCGCGCAGAACGGCGGUCUCGCCGGCAUGAACAUGUCGGGCAAUCAGCAACAGAAUUCCCAGAACUCCAUGCUGAGUCCGGGCGCGACCAGCCAGGACUCCCACGACGCCACACUCACGGAGAAGCUCGUCAACGAGUUGCAGUCUCGUGCCUCUGCGGCGGGGCUUGGAGGUGCAGUAGGUGCCGGCGGUGGUGGAGGAAUGGGCAACAUCAGCGAACGCACCCUCGAAGAAUGCUGGUCCACCCUGCAGCGAAUCUUCAUGCACAAGAGCGCGAUGCAGAUGCACGCGAGGGAGCUGGGCGCGGGUGCACUGACGAGGCCCGGCGGCGGCGUCGCCGGCGGCCUGGCCGGCCUGGGCGUCGGUGUCGGCGUCGGCGUCGGACCGGGUGGCAUGAUCAGCAACGAAGUUAAGCCGCACCAGUGCCAGCAGUGCCUCAAGUCGUUCUCCAGCAAUCAUCAGCUCGUGCAGCACAUCAGGGUCCACACCGGCGAGAAGCCGUACAAGUGCAGCUACUGCGACCGCAGGUUCAAGCAGCUCAGCCACGUGCAGCAGCACACGCGACUUCAUACGGGUGAACGACCGUACAAGUGCCAUUUACCGGACUGCGGGCGGGCCUUCAUCCAACUGUCGAAUUUGCAGCAACACCUGAGGAAUCACGACGCUCAGGUGGAGCGGGCGAAGAACCGGCCGUUCCACUGCAACAUCUGCGGCAAGGGUUUCGCCACGGAGUCCAGCCUCCGUACCCACACGUCGAAGGAGUUGCAACAGCGUGUUGUGUUCCAGCAACACGCCGCCCUGAUCGGCGGCCCGAACGCAACCAGCUGUCCAGUAUGCCACAAGCUCUUCCUCGGCGGCGAGGCGCUGAUGGAACACAUGAAGCACACCCACAAGGACCCGAACGCCUCCGGAGUUGCCAUUCCCUCCGCUGACUGCACAACCUCCGUUGCCGGGGUUUACCUAGCGAAGCGACGGACCGCCAACCACCCGUGCCCAGUGUGCGGGAAGCACUACGUCAACGAGGGUAGCCUUAGGAAGCAUCUGGCCUGCCAUCCUGAGACCAGUCAACUUAGCACAAGCCUCAGGAUGUGGCCGUGCUCGGUGUGCCAAGCCGUCUUCACUCACGAGAGCGGUCUCCUGAGCCACAUGGAGCACAUGAGGAUGGACCCGAAGCAUCAGUUCGCGGCACAGUACGUGCUGAGUCGUGCGGCCGCCGAGAGGCGAGAAAGGGAGAUCCUCGCAAGUUCGAGUUUAGGAGCCGGUUUGGGAGUGUUGGGAGGUAGUCAGACCGGAGGACCACAAAAUUUGCAACAACCACCAAUGUGCCCGUCGCCGUCGGCCCAUUCGGACAGCAGUAGCGGCAACGGAAGACUAUCGUCGGCCGGUAGUGAACCUGAUUUUUGCGCAGGCACCGGUCUACUGAACAAUAACAACAAUAACAAUAACAACAAUAUGGCAUCGCCGGGACCGAGUGGCAACAAGCUCAGCGAGAUGCUACGAGCGGGUAGUCAACCGGGAUCGGCGCAGCAGUACCACGACGAGAUGCAGUCGCAACAACAACGCAUGGCUGUUAUGGCCGCGGCCGUAUCAGCGGGAUUGCAAAACUCUGUGUCGCCCAAUCUCUCGCCAGUCGACAUGGCGUCGCUCGCGGCGGCCAUGAGGAUGGGCAACAACGGUGACAUGAGCGGUACUCAAGGGUCGACGGGACCGCAACAACAAGGGGUGCAAGCGAGUGGACCGGAACAGGCUCUGAGGAUGCAUCAGGCGGAAGCUCUGCUUCGUUCUCAAGCCGAGGCUGCCCUCAGACUCGCGGUAUCUCAAGCGGCGGCAGCCGCGGCAAGUUCCGCGGUGGGCGGCGACGUAAGACAUCAUCUAGGACAGCACAACGGAGGCAGUGCUUCCGGCAUGCCGGGACACCAUACGAACCAACAAAUGUCCCAACAGGACUCCCUCGCGCCAGACCUCGGAGAAGCGCUGCGACUACAAGAGCAACGAUUAGAACAGGCUCUCAGGCUGCACGGUGCAGCUGAUCCGCGCGCCCUGAGCUUCACUCUGGCUCAGCACGUCGUCAAUCAGCAGAGCAAUCAGCAACCCUGAAAAUUCAGUUACUACUGAGACGAGUGGACCCCUUGGGCGCCGGAUCAGACGACCCUGCAGCAGAACGAGCGCAUGAACCAGCAAUCGCAAUCGUCGGUGGAGCGCUCGCCGCCGUUACACGAUUCGCAGCAACAACAGCAGCAGCAGGGUACGUCUUCCAUCGGUCAUCAGCAGCAGCAGCAGCCUGAAGACCGUGGCAUCAAGAGGAAAGCCGACGAGAUGAUCGGUAACUCCGAAAACGUGUAAGAGCGAUGACACGUCUGUCGCUGAUAGCGCCGACGAAUCGUCGCUAUCUCGCUGGCGUGACUCGCCUCUAACGCCCAAGUGCGGUCACUAGAAUUUCGCUCAUUGUCUCAGCAGUACGAAAAUGUCGACAAAACAGAAGGACUUGACAGGAGGGAGAGAAUAUCGGUGUCUUCCUAUGCGGAUAGAACCGACGAUCGCCGGACCAGCCGGGAGCGGCCGGGAGAUCCAUUCUCCCGGUCGACGAACUCUCCGGAUGGUACCGUGCCGGACGACGGGAGGAGAGUGAGAAUACGUACAUGUAUAGCGAUCCGUUGCACGGCUCGAGGCGGAGGAAUCGCAGUGGCGACGAUCGUCUCCCGCGAUUUUUCGCGUCGUUGUUCCUACACCGGUCCUGGAUCAAGGAUCCGCCGAAUGGUGCUCCCGUUCGGAACAGCUUGACUGCUCAGGUUCCUCAGGACACGUCGUCACUGCCCUGCCACCGCCUCGACUCCCGAUACGUGCCAUAAUAACGAGAAGCUGCUAAAAACAAUAAGCCAUCCCGGAUGUCUCGUCCUCGGGACGGGCGCCAGGGUGCAGCCCCCGAGGUACUAUGAUCUUUUAGUACAAGAGCCUUCUAGUGCGGCGCGCGACGGUACCGAGGAUUCAACGGAUGAUCCUCGACCGUCCUGUAGCCCUGGCUCAACAAACCUAAACUAUAUAUAAAUAUUAUACAUACAUAGACAGACGUGUCUCUAUCGAACCGCGUUUAGAGAGGUUUCACUCCCCUCAAAACUCAAGCCCUCUAAUAUUAAAAAGCUCCCGUAAUGCUUAAGGCGAAUCACACCACACACCCACGUACGCAGGCUCAUCAAGAAUGUACGCGUCGCGCGGUUGCGGCGAACGAUCCACCAUACGGCGUGGAGUCGUAUCGCCCCGUUACACGGUUGUUAAUUAUAUACGUACCGAAAUCCCCUUCCCCGUGUGUGUGACAGACGGACGCAACCCAAUCCGAACUGGACGUUCUCUCACCUGCGAUCAACGUUUCGCGCGAACGACGACAAAACGACGUUGACAUUUCGCGCACGAGAAACGAACGUCGGACGUAACUGCGUCGGGACAGAUACGUAUGCAGCAGACACACACGCAGGCAUGCACAUGCAUACAUACACAUACAAAUACGUACAGAGAUACACAUACACACGUGUACAAUAUGAUCCACACAUAUAAGACUCAUCAGCAGCACACUUAUAAGGUGAAAAUAUAAUGCGCGCAACUUGUGCUCGUCGGUAGCACGAAAACUAUUAGCUCAUAAGCGAACAAACAAAAUAUAGUUAUUACAAACAGUUAUAUUAUAUAUAUUAUAUAUACAUACAGAGUAUGAAGAGUAUGACAGAGACAAAAAGAACGUGCGAAACCCAUUCACACUUGCGCGUUUACGCCGAGAAAAGGAAAAAUGCGGCAAGCGUGAAAGAGCGAGCAUUUUUCGUGAGCAAAGCACGCGACGACGGAGAAGAGAGAAAUAAAAAAACUAAAUGCUAAAUAUUAUAUAUAUUAUAUAUAUAAAUAUUAUAAAUAAUGAAUAUAGGGUCUAUGAGACUAGGAUAGUUAGGCGAAAGGGAAAUACGAGCGAAUGCGGAGCGCGCGCCCCCGUUUUACGCGAUCACGAGCACUGUCGACGAGAGAAUGUGACAGCACGGGACGAGAGAACGAACGAAGAGGAAAUCAGUGUGCGAAAGCGCGGGAGAGCAAGAGAGGGAGAGAAAGAAAACGUACGAAAGAGUGAUUUUUUACGAAUGCACGACCUCGGGAUCGGCGUAGAUGCGCGGGCGCGCCAUCGUGCGAAUGGCCAGAUCGAGUAAAUGUGAAUGCUUCGUGAGCAUCAAGGAGGAGCGAAUGCGAAGAACGAGAGUGAGAUUUUAGAGUGGCGUGCUUCAGGUAAUCUGAGGUCCUGUGAUCGUUAUAAGCGAAAUAUUUUUUUAUUUCCGGGUAAUAUAAUCUGAAACGCGUAAAACUCUUGCGUCGUUUUGAACUUUUACUUGCAAUAUACCGUUACGUUCUCGCAAUACUUAGGAUGAAGAAGAAUAAGAAGAAGACGAAUAGGAAUAAAGAAGGUGGAUGAACAAAAACGUAAAUAAAAAAAACAAAGAUACGAAGAUGAGGAUGACGAGGGAGAGGAAAAACACGAGAUUAAAGUCCAUAGGUUUGAUCGUGGAGCGAACUUUUUGAGACUCGAGUCAGCCCUUGCCCUCCUAAAAGCAUUCCUUUUUCGCGAUGCCCCAUCAAUCCUGACCUCACCCGACUGAACUCCCCUUCGCCUUCGUCCGUACUUUCGAUGGAGUUUAUCUUUCGAUGAGACUUAGACGAGAUGAAACGAGACGCUGACUGUGAAUGCAUCGCAGAGAAAACGAGAGUUUGACGUUGGUUCGAUUGGAAAAAAUCAUUUCUAGACAUUGGAGAACGGAAAUGCUUGGAUCUCCCAAAGGACAAAAUCGAAAUCGACAAAGUUUGAGUAACGGAAAAACGAGAGGAAAACGAGCACCCCGGAAUACCGGCCGAAACAUAUCGAAAAGAUUCGACGUGCAUUCACCUAUGACACAAUUCGAUUUCUUCAUUUCUUCGACUGCAAUCGCGGAUUGAGUGCGGAAUUGAAUGGUAGCGUGCUGAAUUUGUUCACUCCUGGACAUUAACGUCGAUCGAUCACGUUACUGUUAUUUCUUUUCGGAGACUCUCGACGGGACUUUUCGUUCCUGACCGGUUUAUUUUUCCAAACAAUAUCUCGGUUCCUUCGAUCCUUACUUUCCAUCCCGCUCUGUGCAUUAUCUUGUUUCCAAAAUCUUCUAAAUUCGGUCAAAUAAAAUUUCGCCUACGAAAUAAUCGGUAAAAGUCUUUUCUCUCGCUACGUUUGGCAAUCGUACUUUUCGAGCUGCGAAAAUUUUCCAGAGGAAAUUGUGCAUUCGCUUUCGCGACAUGUCUCCGCGACAUCUCCCUUUCAUGUCCCUUUGUUCGCCAAUUACGAAAGUAAAGCCUAACGUCGUCAUCUUCGUUGAACGUAAAAGACACGCGCUGAGAAGCCGCCGAGUAGCCAGGCUUUUUGACCAUCUGGGACGAGAGAAGAAAAGAUCGCUAAAGGAUUCAUCGUCAAAGCUACAUUUAACGAUCGCAUUCGCUUCGCGAUCGGAACUCGACGGACAUGCCCGUUAUAGUAUGUCUCGUUUCGAAAAAUUGUCAAAAAUUCGCGACUUUCUGGGGAAACGUUCUCGUCGUCAUUGGGAUCGAUCGUCGCGCAGAGUCAGAAUUCGGAAAAUUUGGAAAAUUUUUUUACGUUGGUCUACCGUGUUCUCGCGAGCAAAAACGGACGGGCCUCCUCGAGUUCCGGCGAUCGCAACCGCGGGUCGAUUCAUUGAUCGUUAUUAUUAAAGUUUUUGCGUUACAGGGCGUUUUUUCCUCGGAUUAAGUAGUAUGUAAAUACACCUUGAUAUCACAAGCAUAAACUGAGAAUUUACUGGUAAACUUAAACGAACGUACAUAAUGCGAAAUAGGGUUAGUUUCUAUGUAAAUACCUAAAGCUGGGCGAGUGCAUACACCUCGUUCAUGCAACCAACGAUAAUCGUUUCUUAUCGAACCAGAGUUUCUGUUCGUUGUCGGUGCGUGUCCCCGAUGAUCGGCGAACGCUUUCGCGCUCUCCCGAACUCGCUGCCGCCCCACACUGACAAUGAAGGGUGAAUUUUACAUCACUGAGGGUGGGUUGCGCGCGGGAGCGUUCGCUGUCUCUUGGACAUCACCGAUCGGGAAAUUUUUUUUUUCUCGACACCAAUACUCUGACACACUGAUACACACAGACACACUCACACAGCAUUGCGAUGGAUUGUACAGCUACGAGCUAGCAACACGUAAUAUCUAAAACAAUCUUCGUACAUUUCGGCGCCCAUGCAACAUCAUAGAGACCGACUUUUCGGGAAAUUUUCGUUAAUAAACGAUCGCGCCUUUUUUUCGGAGGAUACAAAGGGUAUCAGUCAGUAUCAGGCGAAAGUUUCGAGUGUUGUGUGAAAGGUGCGAACGUGCUACACGAAAUUUUGAAUGAGAGAGCUCGGAGAAAGUUUGGAAGAGAGCAGGAAUGCAAAAUUGAUAAAUCUUUAGAAUAUCGUCAGUUGAUGUCUGUGAGUUUGAAGCGGAUGAACGAUCUGGAACGAAUGAGCAAAGCUUAGUUAGGCAAAACUGUUAGCACGUGUCGCGCGAAGCGACGGAAUUGUCGUUGAAAUUUGCUAAUAACGGUUUCUCAAAGAUGAAAAUUUUAUUUCGCGGUCUUUAAUCGAGAGCGUCGGGAGGUAUGGAGAACGGUGCACGAAACGGUAGUAAAAGCGCGAAAGUGAGCGGAAAAGGAAACGGAAGGAUGGAAAAAGUGAUCAGCGUUACUAUUUACCAUCAUCUCACUAUACCAUCACAAAAAUUUUAAUAAAACAGCAACAACAACAAUACAAAACACUACCACCACUACCACGUCGAGAUCCUUCAUGAUGAUCGCGAUCAUGAAACGAUUGACAGACGACUGUUUUCGACCGGUGCAUCCUGCCGUGCGCCGAGGGUUGCUUUUUUAACUAGUAAAGCGACUAGUAAUGAUCGACGGGACGGUUCGGAAUCGUCCCGCGAUCCAUUAAAACACGUACCUCACGCGUAAAGGAAGAAUUCCCGAGGCGCCGGCCCGUGCCCCGCGAACGUGUACCAUAAUUUUAAAUUUAAAAACAAAAGGUAAUGCAAAAGAAAGCACACACACACAAGCGCGUUAAACAAUAGAUCUAGUAGUGUAUGUUCUGUAAUCAAGCGAGAAGUAAGCGAGGAUAAAGAUAAAGAAAAAGUAAUAAUAUAAAAAAAUGCGGGUUGCACCCGCGGAAAAAGCACAAAAAAAUAAUUUACAAAUAUAUUGAUUUACAUAUGCCCGUAACUCGUAAGGGGGCCGGUGGCGCAAACGCGCCCGCGUGAGAUUUUCGGGCCCCACGACGACGACGACGAAAGGGUGGAGACGGCGGGGCACACGCUCACAAAGGGCGUCCGCGAGUUUCGCGACGCAAAGAAACGUGCUCGCGGUCAAAGAGCAGUUAACGGAGAAAAUGUGCGCGUGCAGCGCGAAAGAGAGACCGCGAGAGAGAGAGAGAGAGAAAGACCGCGAGCGAUUGGGUCGUCCGUUUUCGUCGCGAAAGAGGCAGCGAGCCGCGCAAACACGAAAAUGGCGAUGGCGGUCCGGCAGCGACGAGAUGCAGAGAGACAGAGGUUCACGCCUAACGACGGAAGAAUCCAGGAAGGGAGGCCCCCCCGAGGCGUCACGGACGACCCGAAGAUGCGUACCCGACCGUAGCCCCGUGGCUCGUGGAGAUGCGACUAAAGGCUUAGUCGAGAAGGGGUCCACAGUAUGAUGACACGUAUAUACAUAUAUAUACGCAAAGGUAUAUGUAUAUGUAUAAAAAGGGGAAAAUCCACAGCGCGACGUCGCCUGCAAAAUCGGCCCUAUCCAUAAUCUUAAUCUCUUUCAUGUAAAUUUGCUAAAUGUUUAAAUAAUCUAAAAAGUGCCAUAGCCCGGAUGCGCUGGUGCAUACUCCCAGCGCAUACACACUUACAAAUACGACUCGACCUUCACGAAUAAAACGCAAAAUCCGCGGUUCCGCGCACGUCUGAGGCGCGCGCGGCCGCGGUAGAAUUGGUAUCCUCGCCAAGGAACAAGUACAAUGCACAACAGUGACAGAAACCAACGCAAACAGGAAAAUACGCCACAAGAAUGGCGCGCACCCCGCGUCGCGACGCGGGGAUGCGUCCCAAUGUUACACAAUCUGAAAAGUUGCCCUGGUUCAGAGCGUGCAACCCCGCGCGCUCAAACGCUUCUCAAUACACGAGCACGCGUGCUCACAUACAGAUUACAAGUUACAAUACAAUGUUACACUUCUGAUACACUUGAAGCACACUUAUCUACACUUAACCACACACGCUACGGAUAUGUAAAGCCAAUUGAUUUUGUAAAUUGCCUAAAAAAGGAUUUUUAAAAAGCUACGAUUCGGCCCCGUGAUAAUAUUAUAUUUUUGCGCUGAGAUAACGCCGAUCCGCCUCGGAAAAGCCGUGGAUGGCCUGGAUGGAGAAGGGAAGGCCCGCUUUCCAGACGGAGACGCGUCGUCUCGGACGCCCUCGAAAAAGCGUUGAUCGGUUCUUCGCGGUACUUUGGAAAGAAAGGUAAAUUUCGUGGAUGACAUAACAGCACACGCGUUUGUGCUCGUAGUACUAUCGUAUAACGUAUAAAUGCAGCAAAAUUUCGCGGCCUUUGGCAUACGUUUGGAUGCAAUACCGAUGAUGAACGGCUGCGUGCACGCCCGCGUGAGUACACGCGCGAGAAUGCACGCUCGAAACGCGUCCCGGACUUGACACGAGAGUACCCGGAUGUGACGUGUGGGCGGCUUCUUCGUCGGGCUAUAUCCCGACAGGUGGCAAGGUGCCAGAGAAUUUCGUCAACGAAAAAGUGCAGUGCGAAAGGAGAAGAGAGAGAUUUCGCACAAAGAGGAGUGGACGACAAAGAUAAAGUGACGAGCCAAGUUUGAGACGAAAUUCGUGACCCUUCGAUCAAGAGAAAGAGAGGAGGGCACCUCUGAUCGCCACCAGGAGACCCCUGUUCCACGAGACUCAAUCAGAAAGGUGUAAUAAUCACAUGAACACACACAACCAAGAGGAAUGUGGCAGCGGCAAUUGCAUAAGGGCCGUUGUUCGAGUGCGGCUUUACAAGCAAAAACCGUGGUUUGUUUUUGAUCGGGUUUUAAUUUUUUAAUGAAAUAAUCUCACGACGAAUACAUAUGACGUACGAUCGCACGUGCUCGCCCACUCGUCGCCGCGCCAUGGUGCAAAGAUAAGCGCAAGGUGCAGCGAUACCCAAGGGGCAACGGCACGACGACGUAUGCGCAUAUUAUUCGUGACAGUGUGUAUCGUAAGUGCGCAGCAUAUGAUAAAACCGACAGUCUAGCAGUGCGAGCGCCUCGGCGGCAUUCGCGUCUUCACGCGGUGACCCUGACCGAGCCUCCGUGAUUAAAAACCGGAAUAAGUUGUUUCAAUGUCCACUAUAUAAAUGAAAGAGCCAUAGUUGUUAAGGCGGUGGGUUCCGGCGUUCGGCGGGUCGACCUGAUUCACAUCACGCGCUCGUUCUGGCCCCAGAGAGUGAACUUCGAGAGAGACGACGGCGGCGAGUCGACGGGGAAACGCAUGGAGAGACGGAGACUUCAACGACCGCGAACCUUCGGUAGACUGGCAAAAUUACAUGGCUUCUGGCAGAUCGAAACGAUCGAGGUAGCCGGGACAAUCCGAUUCGGAAUUCGGCGAUCUGAACGCGCCCUUCGGCAAGCAAAAUUUCACUCUCUUGUCUACACCCGCGCUGCGUUUUCAACGCCACGCGUGACUCCGAUUCUUCCUGUCUCUUGCUGACAGGAUGGCACCUGAUACCAACAAAGGAUGUGAGAAUCAGAUGCAUUCAGCUGAGAAUGCGAAGCGAGGGUGUGGACGUAUAUCCUGGCUACCAAGCGGGUGAGAAAGGAAAAGAGUGAGAAACAGGGAAACACCGGGAACGGAGAUAAUCCAGAGACUCUAAACCUUAUGAUCGAUCGAAGUCGUGAAGAAGUAGCGACUGCCAUGAUCCAACUCCCAAUAAUCCACACCGACAAUUGAUAACGGUCGACAACGACGAGCGUGCGGACCCAUCGCGCUGCUUCGUCGCGAACAGAUUAUGCGGACAACGACCGACCGAUCGAUCAAUUCGAUCGACUCGAUUGUGCCGCGUGAUCUCUGUGACGAGGCGAUACUCUUUUCAAAAUAUUCUUCAUACUUCCGUUCAGGAGAAUGUGUUUCUUUCGACCCGAACCUGAGCAACCCCCCGCAUGCGUGUCCGAGGUGAAAGGCCGAGUCCGUUAUUCGACGUUUAAUAAAAUCAGUGAUCGGAAAUAAUGGCGAAAUUGAAAGGCGGAUUAACUUGCGACAAUCAAAAGAGAAAAGAAGCAGACGAAACAUGAAAACGAGAUGAAUUAGUACAUAGUCCGCUGAGUGGGUGCCUUCGUCAGGGUUUUCCGUUACAGUAAACAGACAGUUUUCAAGUAUAACUCACAAUUAGUAGUGCUAUGGUAGAACAGUAAUCACAGUGUACCGCAGUUAAACAGUUAAAUAAGUAAGUAUACGGGAAGCACGUGGUCUUUUUCAGUGUCUGCAGAAUCUCGUCGUACACCACCUACCUAAUCGGUUAGUGGCACGACCGGAAGUAUACCGGAUUCAUUUCGUGCGCAACUUCCUACCCCUACCGGACUUCCAUUCGAUCCACCGUUUCGCAAGAGUUUCUCCCCUGACCUUCCCCAAUUUUUUCGGCUCUGAGUGACUGGCAUAGAAAGAAAUUCGAUCGAAUUAUCGAGAGAAAGCAUCCUGAAAACAAAAUUCAAAAAAACCCUUCAACCAAACCGGUCACUCGCAACUCCUCCUCCUCCUCCCGCGAUUCAAUCGACAUUUAAUGAAUAAAUAUGAUAAUAAGUGUACUAAGUGUCUGUAGUUUAGCCAACGUGUACGUUGUAUACUCUGAUAGGCGCGAGUAAGCGAGCUGUAGGAGGCUGAUAAAGCGCGAAAAGCGAAGAGAGAUGGCAAAAGAGAAAGGAAGUAGAGAGACAGGUAGACGAUUGCACGGUGGAGCCAUAUUUAACUAACUGAUAACGAUUAAUUAAUUACAGUAAUCAUUCAAGAUGACUUAAUUAACAGUUAACCGUACCGCAUACACACAUGCAUAAUUAUUAAUUACACGUAUUCCAGUACAUAAGUAAGGGCCAAGCGGUAGCGCCGCGCGUACCGCGCGCACCGCAUCUAUCCAAUAAAUAAAUCGCGGAGGCACUCACUACGGAACUCAGCGAGCAAGGACUUUGGGACUCGGACGCGGAUCGGAGGGUACCUGAACACGCGCGCCAGGAUUCCAGAAUUUCGAGAGUCGAAAUUUACUCGCCGCGGAGAGUUCGCAGAGAAAGCGAACAGAGAAAAAGGAGAGACGGCCUGCAGGUCCGACAACUCGGAAAAGCCCGUCUGGUUUUCCCGACGUCGGAUAGUGUCAGCCGUUCGGUUUCAGGUUCGCAUCAGCAGACCGAGAUCGUUCAGGCAACGCGUGUUCAGGUGUCCCGCACCCCAUUACUUUAUUGGUCUUUCAAGUGCAACGUUGAGUUACUUCACUUACAGCGUUGUUUUUCUACACAAUACAAAAUACCCUACCACCCGUCCCCACCGGCGAACCAGUUCACCUCAUCACGCUCCCGCAGGAACAAAGCAUCCCCCUCAUACCCACCGCCCUCAACCACUCAUCCCCCCCCCCCAUACAGUGUUGUUUCACGUCCGUUCGCGAUCAACUUGGUUGCGAGUCCAGCGGCGACUGCGCGCCGUUCCUUACGCGAAAUUGAGAUAUUUGGCAAUCCUGCUUUCCCUCGAAAAAGAAGAAAAUAUUUGAAAAUCGUGAGACUCUUUUUCACAUCUGCGGAAAAAUGUUCUACGAAAUUCUCAAAAAUAUUACAAAAGUCUCAUCCGACUGGAUGCAGUUUCUGGACAACGGAACGGAGCGCGCUUGACCUGGACUCCGAAAAUAGCGAACGUUAAGUUACAGAUUUCAGACUUUUACGUACAGUUAGUUACCGAGUAAUACAGCGCAAGUUAUCGUUAAUUUUCGACGCGCAGCCUCGUUGCGACGAGGGCGAUUUAUGAAAGAGUGCAGCUCAUCCGCAUCGUGAGUUUCGCACCGAGGAGCGCGACGAGGAUGCGCGUGCAGGUUUAAUGGUAUCGAUUGAGUUUGGUCGAAGUCCCCUUUUGGGCAAACACACCGACGCACUUCCGGUCCCGCCGGCCAGCAUCGUUCGACGGAAAAAAAGAAAGGAAAAAAAAGAGAGAAACGAGCUCGAGCCUCCGAAGAGAUCGCGACAGAGAGGGAGCGAUUCUCCGUUCGAAAUUCAAUUCUAGUCAAAAGAGGGUACAAAGCCGAGACGGGUGUCAACUCGGACAGGCGAAAUCGGUACUUAUUUAAUUAUUUAAUGUGAGGAGAAGGGAAGGGGUGGAAAAAUGGAAAGAGACACAGAGAGGAGAGAGAAAGAGAAAGAGGAGGCUCGAGAGGAAAAUACCUUUCAUGGGAUUGCGCGAGCGCGCGUUCCACUCGGCGCGCAAAGAUGAGAUAAGGAGAGAAGCAGAGGAAAUUGGCGAAUAAAAAUAGUAAGAAAAUAAAAAAAACAAGAAAGAAAAGAUAAGGUGCUGGCAAACGCAAUCUGUGGAAUCGGCGGGGUGGCGGGACCGUACACGAGGAAAUAUCCGCGUUGCUGACAAAACGUAGCCUCUUUUCGUUGUGUCAAACCGCCGGCCAGGAUCCGGGCCGAUCCUUGUAUAAGCAAAAAUGACAAAUUUUCAAAAAGCAAAAAAAGAUGAAUGUACGGUGCGAAUGGAUCUUUCAUGAAGCUUCGAUUGUUGUUCCGUCGAGUUUUUCCUUUUGCAUAUAGAUGCAAUGCAUAUCCACCCUCACGCUUUUCCGGCGAGGCUGCGGGGCGGGAUCUCGCACGUACAUUUCGAACUAGAAAAUCGGUUCUCGAUCGGCGCGAGAUACGCGAAAGGUUUUGGCGAGUGGGAUAAAAAGGAAAAUCGGAAACGUCGAGAACCCGUCAAGCGAGCCCCAGCCUUUCGAUACCGCGGUUAACCUACUAUUAUUAUGAUUAUCAUUAGUUACUAAUUAUCAUUAAUAUUAUUAUGUUGAUUGCCACAGGGCAAUUGGAGGCGUAUUUUACAGAGAAACGAAAGGGAAGGGAGAAAGAGAGAGGGAGAGAGAAAGAGAAAGAUCUAGCAAGCAAUGCCUCGAUUGGAAGUUCGCUCGGAUCGUCGAAGCCAUAAUAUGUUAUAAACGUUUAAUAAUUCUUAAGUGAAUCGACGAGAAGCGGUAGUAAGGCAAGAGAAGCCACGUUUCGAGAUUCUCCUUUCUUUCUUUACCAUUUUUAUGGCUCCUUUGUUUGACUAUACACGUAUACACGAAACACACGUACAUAUAAUUACGCUGGUUAAAUAUUAUGUAUGUUACUUAGCAGAUAAAAUAUUUAUGUGUACUAAAGUAGAAAAGAAACACACGAUAUAUCCCCCUCGCGUUACGGAGAAAUUAGAGUCUUUCCUUGUUCUAUUAUUAUUGUAAUUAUUAUUGAACAAUUAGGCAUCGAAAUUUUAUUGUUGUUAACGAUCGUGCAAGAUUGGUUUUUCAUUAUUUGUUUGUUAUUUUUCUUUUUAGUUAUGCGCGUGGUAUUGCACGACUGAGAAAGGCGGAAAUGACUUGAUGACUUUUAAUUGAGCUUUACACGCGUUUUCCUUUACGUUUAGAUGUAUCGAGUUCGACUCUCGCUUUCUUGAUCUUUUGUUUUCUUUUUUUUUUAUAUAUAUUUGCACAUUGCGCACGCGGAUCGUGCGUGCAUUGCGUAGGUGUUAUUAAAAUUUUACGUUCCUCCUUGUCCCGCCCCUUUUUUUACGUAUACCAGUGCACUUUCCUCGUUCAGAAGGCGAAGAGUACGAGGAUUAAUUUCGAUCUCAUAUUUUACGUAUCCAACGUUGUCGCGGGAAAUCAAACUCGUCCGAAUCGACGAAUCGCGCGGAUUGAAUUUUUAUUUCUUCCACGAUUACAUACGUACUCUUCAAUAUCGUCUCUUCGCAACGUUUUCGUUCGCCGAGCCGCGGAAUUACUAUUAAAAGACCACGCUUAUUACGUGACAAUUAUCUUCGGUCUCGCUAUGAGAGAGUUCCUAUUUAAUGAGCAAAAUAAAACGGUAAUCGAUGAGGAGGACGACGAGAGGAAGACUCGGGCUGAGAGAAAAGCGAGCGUGGCGGAAACGCGGCGUUCGGCGAGCGAGCUCGUCGUGUUACGUUUGCUAGUCAGAAUUGGUUUAAAAACGAUGAAGCAAGAUAGGGAUUUUUUUCUUACGAUUAGUUACUGUCUAAUUAAUUAAUCUAUUAAGCGUAGCCAUUUACGUUUAGUUGACGCGGCCCCACAUUCGAGCUGCACUCGUCCUGAAGUUAAGUAGGUCAACGUAUACACGUGCAUGCACACGCGCGCAGAUACAGAGGCACACGCACGCAAAAUGGUAUACAAACUACGGUUCAUUAGUUACUAUUCACAUAGAUUGAGUCGCCGAUUUAUGAAAAUUAAUUGCAGUCCGCCGGGACGUAGGUCACGUUAAAUUUAAGUCGACAUGUAACUCCAUCCUUAUUUUUGUUACUUGAAUUUCCUCCUCUCACGCCUUUAGAUGCAUACAAUCACGCAGGCUUUAGCCGCAACUACUUUACACGUAGCGUAGUGCCGACACUACCAUCACUCCUAUACUAUUACACCUACUGCUACCGCUAUCGCUAGAAAAUGUUAGUACAUCGCUAUUAUUACUAUUAUUAUUAUAUUAUGUUAUAUAUUGUAUGUUAUUAUUAACGUAAUUAUUAAUUUUUAUUAAUAUUAUUACUAUUAUAUUAUUAUUAGUAUUAUAUGUUUUAGAGAGAACCCGUGUUGUAAACUGUUCUGUCUUCGUUCGCGUGUGGUUCAUUAGUUAAAUCGAUGUGAUAAAUGUCUAGUUCUCUUUGUGCCGAUUCGAUUAGUUCCCUUCUUCACACGUUCUCUUUUUUUUAUUUUUUAAUUCAUCUCUCGUGUGUGGUUCCUCGCGUCGAAAUUUGCAACCGACGGCUUCUUUUGCGUGAGAGAAAAAGAAAGAGAGAGAGAGAGAGGCAGGAUAAUGUGUCGUAUCUUUAAAAUACGCUGACGAUUGUCACAUGGAGUUUAGGACACGUGCAUUUAUUAAAUUUUAUCGUUACCUACUAUUACCUUGUCAAUGAAAUACCGGGUGUACGAGCGCGUAAGCAGGGGAGCAUCUUCCUUUCUCAUCGCUCAUUUUAUCGAAAAAAUCUCGCAUGUAAAGUUGACGCUUCGAUGUAGAAAAUGUAAAAUGAAUAUAUUUAUUUGAUUUUAAAUAAAUAUAUUUAAAUUAUAUACAAUUUAUAUGUAAAUUGACAUGUUGCAUUAAGAUCUCGGUAAGGAGCGCUUGUACACCCGGCAAUAUACGUUAUUAGUUAAUACUAUUAGUUAUUAUCAGUUAAUGCCACAUUAGUACUAUUAUCACUAUUAUUAGUUAUCGCUAUCGACUCUUGAUGCGACCCUUAUUGUCGAUCGGCGAGCGAGAUAACUAUUUCGAUUGCCCCUCGUCUCGAGCGUGCUUGAGCUUGUAGUUGAUACUGUCGCUACUGUAUUCUUUAUUGCGUUAAUAUUAAUUAAUUUUAUCAAACCUUAGACAAUAUCAAGAUAUCUGAAAAGUCUCACCGUUGAACAACGUAUGAUUUUUAUUUCUGUUUAUGCGGUUAUAACUUUUAUAACAAAAAAAAUAAAGAAUUAUUAGAUAUUAAUCGUGAGAGACAUUGUUGCAUCGAAAUCAUUCGAAAUUCUCUUAUCGGCAAAUUGUUGUUCGACAGCGCAAACCACGAAGCUAACCGACCGAGACGGGGAAAGGUGUACGCGAUUUGAGAUAUUUCGAUGGAGGGUUAGUGUUCAAAAAGCGCGAUGACCAGCAAAAGGGAAUAGAUUGCACGACCGGAACAUCGAGAAGAAGGAUCCUUCUUCUCUCUAAUCGUUUCCGAUCGUGGAACUGUUCCGGCUGCAACUAGAGAAGCUAUGAUGGGAUCCUCAAAGCGCCCACGCAUGUCGCGAGCUACGUACAUACAAUUUCCAGUUUCGAGAAAGUGAAUGACGCGCGAUAAAGAAAAUGUAAAAGCAAAAAAGUUAUCUUAAAGCAAGCACUAUGUAGUAGUGAGAAAGAAAGAGAGUGAGAGAGCAAGCAAGGAGGAAGCAUGUCAUACGAUUAUAAUUGCAUCAGUCUCUUUCGGUUACGAGCGAGUUCCGCAUUGUGUAGGAUGUCUAAUUGAUGAUUACGAUAUGGAGAUCAUAUAUACGAAAUGAGGACGAGGAUGGUCGAUGAUUGCGACUAACGGUCGAAGAGCAAGACCCAAAUUGAAAAAAUCGCGAGAGCCUUUUUGCACGAAAAAAAAAAAAAGUAAAACGCAUCGCAGGCGCGUGAUGCGUAUCUCUAGGAACGUUCUUUCUGUUGUUGUUAAUGAUGAUGAUAAUGAUAAAUAUGUCGAUUAAAAGAAGAGAUGCUUCUGUGCGACGGAAGGCACUCCGGACACGCGUGGAAGGAAAAUUCGAAAUUCGAAACCCAGUCUUUUCUCUACCACGUACGUGACGAUCCGAUUCCAUCUCGCGUACGUGGGCAGUGUUCGAUGAGAAUCCAAAAAGAAAACCUAGCGAUCGUAUCGAUAGCUACUGGAAUCAAUUUUUCUGGACGAUCAGUCGACCGUCAAUUAUCUUCCUGAAUGUAGCAACGGUGAAUGAAUGCGAUCGCAGGCUGAACAGGAUGGUGAGAAUUUCCACUUACUGACUCCUCUGGAUUCGAGGAGCGAUUAUUCUCACGAUCGUAAUUCCAACAUUAAUCUUCGCUAAUCCUGCGAUUCCAUUUGUCCAAUGCGUUGCUGUAAUCCUUAGCCGAAAAAGAUGCUCAAUUCUCUUAAAUCAAUCAAUCAUACUGUCAUAUUCCGUAUCUAGGACGCUCGAAAGUUGUACUUAAUUUACACGUUGCAAAAUUUGUUACGCGAAAAAGAAAAUACGCCGCGGUGUCUCGUCGAAAUCCUUUCCGAUAUAUUUCAAAAUGGCAUUAUCGACAAAAAAUAGCUGUUUCGACUGCAAAUAUUUGUUUAAGGAACUUCUCAAAUUUUCACGUUCGAUGCACAUUAUUCACCUCAUGGGGAAAGCGUCUCGACGAAACGCCGCGAUUCUCUCGAUCAAACAUAUCAAAAUACAAAGGCUCCCACGUUGGAACGUUACUGCGACAUUGCUUUCGUAACAUUAGAUUGUAAGCGAUAAAUCCGAAAGGAACACGCGUCUAUGCUCGAAACGCAACGCGUUCCGCGCGUAGACGCCAUUGAACACUGCACGAUCGAUGACCGCGAGAAAGAAUGAAUAAUCAACGCGAGAUCGAGGAAAAGACUCGAUCCUUGAAACAUCUUUUAGGCUUAACGAUCGAGGAUUAAGAGUUCGUUAGAUGUUAAUGUCUACGGAGCGGGUCGGCUUCGCGUCUUCGUAGACGUGAUCUUCGUGCAAAAAUAGUUUCGCAAAAUUCCAAAUUCUCUCGAAAGAUCCCAGUAGAGAAAAUUCAAACGAGAUCUGAUCCGUGAAACAACGACUUUGAUAAAAGUAGAAAAAAGAUGAAGUUUAUAUGGCAAGAGAAUCGAAAAAAAGGAUUCGAACCGAGGAGAUCACUUUGAGAAGAUUGCGAGAUCGAUUCGCGGGCGUGUAGAUCGAAGAUAGGCGAAAGGAGAAAAGAAGUUUAUAAGCGAGAAUAAAUUCUUUGUGCCUCACGACUUCCGGCUGGACGACCUUUCGCGCGACUACGAUACUCGUGAUUAACGCCCCGGAUCGUUGGACGGGAGACGAAUGGAGGAAUUCGUGUCACGGUUAAAUUGUAAAUACGCGGAAAUUACGUGAGAUGCUCCCGAUCGCGAAAUUCGUUCCUUCGUAAGCGCAAAACGGAAGCUCGUCGAUUCCGGAAGCACGCGAUCGGCCAGCCUAAAUUUAAGGUCUUUUUUAGAAAUUAGCGGCGGAAAGGCAGAUAUAUAUCGCGAGGGCGACUAUCGCUGCAAUUUUGUGAAUGAGAGAGCAAAGGUUUGACUGCGAGCGAAAUAAAUUGCGAGACAGGAUGAUCUAUUGAGAGAAUGCACAAGCAAGAAUGCACCUGUUGGCGAGAAUUUGUGCAUCGAGAGAACGACAACGAGUGAAUGAUAAAGAAAGAGAAAGAGUGAAAGAGCAAGAGAUGUUGCAAGUGCGAGAAAAUGGGAUGUGCAUGUGAGAUGGGAGAAUAAACAAAAUUUUACUACCAAGUGGACUAGAAUCGCAACCGAUGGGCAUUAUUAAGCGAAAAUAAAAUUUUCGGAACGUUUUUUCGACGAAGAAAAGCGUCCAAAAUUGUACCUAUUUUCAUUUUAUAAAUUAUAUAUAUAUAUAUGUAUAUGUAUAUGUAUAUGUAUAGAUAUACGACGACCUAAACGAUUAUUAUUGCAAGAUGUAAUUGCAAAAGAGAGAGAGUGAGCGUGAGAAAAAGGAAGACAGCAAGCGUGAAAGAGAACGUGCGAGAGAGCAAAGUAGUAGGAAGAUGAAAAAUAAGAAAUUAUUGUAUCUAUAUUCGGAAAAAUGAUCGAUGAUGUAUUCGAAUCGUGAUUAUUAUUAUUAUAUAUUAUGAUUAUUGUGUAUAGUUAAGGCGAAAAUGGAAUUUUAGACGAAAUUAUCGAACUCGAGGUAUACAUAUAGAGAAUGUAAGUAAGAGAGAGCGCAAAAUAGUGCGAAAGUGGAUGUGAGAAAGCAUGCGAGAAAGACAGAGAGAACGAGAGCAAGAGAGAGAGAGAGAAUUUCUCGAUGGUGAUUGCACAUUGCAUGUCGACAGGCAACAAAACAGAAUUCCCCCUCCCCUCCAGUAAAGUCAAUAGAAAAAUCAAGUCACGGCCAAAUGCAAGAUGCAGGAGCAAAACGUUUCGAGAUCGUGAACCUUUCCGGGUAAUUAUGCAAAAUUGAAAAAGAAAACGGACUAAAACGGGCGACUUUUUUCCAUUUUUCGAAAUCGCGGUUCUUCCGAGGCAAAAAUAGAAAGAAAGAGAGUGAGAGUGAUUCUCGUUUCCUUUGUACCAGGACCAAAAGAAAGCAAAUAGCCGAAUAUAUAUCUAUAUAUAUAAAAAUAUACAUAUAUGUAUGUAUGUGUAUGCAUGUAUAUACGCAUUCCGUAUGUACGUACAUACACGAAUCAACACACGCAACGCGUACGAGACGUGCAAGCGCAUCAUCCCCCGGCGCGACGAUCCUGCCGGAUUGACACGCGAUCGAGCGACUUUCGGACAACCAGAACGAGUGCCUCGGGUCCGAUUCCAGAUGCGGACGGGCCCAGAUUUGGGAAAAUUUCUUGCCGGCAGAUCGACACGCUCGGGGAUUCGGAGCGGAGAGGAAGAGAGAGGCGGCAGGAGGCAAAAGUAGCUCGGGCAGCAA